AUGUUGGACAUAAAGAUCGUACCUCAGACAACAAUUAGAGUUAAAAGGAACAAGAGGUCGUCAAUGUUCAUUGUACAGAACAACUCAAUGGAGAGCGUGGGAUACAAGGUCAAGACAACCAAGCCCAGAGACUAUAUAGUAAGGCCGAACAUGGGCCUGAUAGUACCCAUGCAGCAUGCCGAGGUUGAGGUGACCCUCUCCGAAGACACAGUUCCAGACAGCAGCCAUAAGUUCCUUAUAGAGAUCUACAGGUUUGACUGGAGAAGGUCUCUGAGUGACUUCAAGCAGCAUCUCAAGUCCUCUUCGCCAAAGCCGUGCUGGACAUCCAGGAUAGGGAUACUGUACGAGGAGGAGGAGAUAAGCAAGGAGGUUGUUGAGUGUUCUGAGGACAGAGGGGCAGCCGUGCUUCUUGUUGAAAUGUACAUUCUCCUCAACAUUCUCUAUCUAUUCUACAGAUUCUUUGAAUGA